CUAGUUUUAGUGUCAGUUAUUUGUGGUGUUUAUGUGCAUGAUUGUUUAUCUGAAAUGUAUUAUUUCCCUUCUCCUCCUCCUCCUCCUCAAACAAUAGUGAAUAAAGAAUUAUCUCAACGCACUCAAUCAGCUUUUCUAAUGAAGCGGCAUUAAGAAACUCCUCCCGUGGAAGAACUCUGGAAAGACUGCUAUAAUUCCUGGCAUUAAAAGAUAUGAGGAAAAGCUCAUCUUCCUUGGGAAACUGCAACAUUAUUGCUAACAAAAUAUUUGGAAUUGCGCUUGAUGAGCUGCAGCAAGAAGGACAACCAGAUCAUGAAGUCCCUUUAAUAGUUCGCCAUAUUGUCGACUAUAUUGAGGUGCAUGGAGGUCUGGAGCAAGAGGGACUGUUUCAAGUUAAUGGGAAUGCAGAGACUGUAGAGUGGCUUAGGCAAAGAUAUGAUAAUGGUGAAGAGGUGGAUCUGGUCAAAGAAGCAGAUGUGCCAUCUGCUAUUAGUCUGCUGAGAUAUUUUCUUCAAGAACUUCCCCAACCUGUAAUUGUUCGAAGCCUACAUGUUCACUUUAUGCAGAUUUCUCAAGACUAUGAUAAUGAAGAUGAGUUUGUUAGAAAAUUGAAAUACCUCCUACAACAGCUUCCACCUUUGAAUUACAGCUUGCUUAAGUUUCUGUGUAGAUUUCUAGCUAACGUAGCUACACAUCAUGAAGAUAUUUGGCCCACUAGUGCGCUGGCAGCUGUCUUUGGACCAGAUAUCUUUCAUAUUUACACUGAUGUUGAAUACAUGAAAGAACAAGAAUCGGUCAGUAGAAUAAUGAUUGGACUCCUAGAAAAUUACUAUGACUUUUUUGAAACUGAGGAAGAAGAUUUGUCAUCAACUAAUGAUUUAAGUUCUAUUACUGAACAGCUAAAUGAUUUAGAUGAUGUGCAGCUAGAAGAAUCUGCUGAAGAGUGUCGUGAAGAAACCCAUGAGGAAGAUCCUGACAUUGUGCGUUUGGAGAUGUCAGAGGAAAUGUUGGAAUCAAGUAGUGUAGUGGCAUCCACAAGGGAGGAUACUAUAGAAGAUGAUGCUAGCACCCAGUAUGGCCAUGGUAGUUCUCAUUCUGUAAUUUGUCCUUAUAUUGAAUACUGUGAUUCGCCUUCAGAAUCAGAUGUGAAAGCUCCUUCUUUUCAAGGAGAAGAUAUGAAACGGGUGGCAGAUAUAUUGUUGGAAAUGACUGAUGAAGACACUGAAGAUGACGGUUUUAUUGAUGAAGAAAAUGAUAUUGGAAGUGACAGAAAUGAUGAAUCGUUUGAGUGUGAUACAGAUCUUCUUGAAGCUAUGGAUUCAAGUACAGGAUGUGAUUAUAAUGCAAAUUCAGAACGGCAAACAUUGAAACCUGGAAAUGUUUCUUUGAGAGGAGAAGCUGCUAGCAUUCACCAUUUGGAGUUAAGAAAUAUUUCAGAUGUUGACCAGGAAGAACCAUUUCCUGACUUCAAAGCAUGGCAAGGUGACACUGAAUAUGGGGAAGCUCAAAUCUCCCCACAAGCAGCUAGAAUGAAUUUUCGGGUCGAAGAUGAUGUCAAUCCAGUUCUCUCGCAUCGUUCUUUAGAUUUUGGACAGAGUCAGCGUUUUUUCCAUAAUCCAGAUGCAUUAGAUUCAUCAUCCAAGACUCUUUAUGUUCGGGCAAGAGGAGCUUCUUACAAAGAUGAAAAAAAGACUGAAAAGACACCACAUCAAUUAAUGAGGAAGUUGCACAGGAAAAUUCGGCUAUAUGAAGAGCAAUUUGAAAGUGAGAAGAAUUUUAAGCCUACAUACAGCGACAUUGCUGCAAAUCCAAAAGUUCUAAAGUGGAUAACAGAACUUACAAAACUCAAAAAGCAAGUAAAAGAUGCAAAGCACAAAAACACUGAUGCUGAAUAUUUACCUCAAACACGUCCACGCAGCAACACGCUUCCAAAAAGUUUUGGAUCCUCUCUUAACCAAGAAGAAGAGGUUGUCGAGGAGCACACAUCUGAAAAGAAGCCAAGUCAAGAAGCAACACUAGAGUUUAUUAUGAAGAGACUAAAGGAAAAACGAACUGAAAAGGGCAUGCCAGAAGAAAUGAAUGUGAAAAUGACUAAAGAUAACCUUGCAGAAGAAAAGACAUCCCUUCAGAAGAGCUUGCUGUAUUACGAAAGUUUGCAUGGUCGUCCGGUGACUAGAGAGGAAAGACAAAUUGUGAAACCGUUAUAUGAUCGGUAUCGUCUCGUGAAGCAGAUGCUGGCACGUGCAAGCAUUACACCAAUCCUUGGAUCACCUUCAUCAAAACGCAGAGGUCAGAUGUUGGCUCCUAUCAUUGAAGGAGAAACCUCCCAUUUUUUUGAUGAAAUUAAGGAGGAAGAAGAAGAAAGUGGCAAUGUGUCUUCCGACUGCAGUGACAUUAUAAUUCCCUCUAUAAAUAUACAGUCAUUUCCAAACACAGAAGAAAGUAUUGAAAAUGAAGAUUUAGGACAAGAUAAACUAACAAGAGAAACAAGGUUAUCCAGUUCUAGGACAACUCCAGUGUCAGAAUUACUUGAACAACUUUGGAAAGCUAGAGCUGAAAAAAAGAAAUUACGAAAAUCUUUACGUGAAUUUGAAGAUAAUUUUUAUCAACAGAAUGCAAGGAAUGUGCAAAAAGAUGACCGUGCACCCAUGUUAGAAGUUUACAGAGAGUAUAAAAAAAUUAAAGCCAAACUUAGGCUUUUGGAAGUUCUGAUCAGCAAACAAGAGUCUUCAAAAUCUGUUUAACUAAUCCAGUUAGGAAAAUGAAGUACAGUACUCCAAUAGUACUCUGCAAUAUUGAGAAUGCAACAUUUAUGCACUUUACUUUUGUGCCACUGCAGAAUAUUUAAUGGCACACUGUAAUAGUUUUUUUUCUUUCAAUAGGACAGUAUACUUUUAAUCUUAACAUUUGAAGAACUUUUGGAAUUUCCUGUAUUGUUUUCAGUGGUUUUUGUAAUUUUAAAGUAAUUUAGUCUUGAAAGUGCUCAUAAUUUCUUUUCUUGUAAAGAAAUAAGAGCGGGGGGAAAAAACAACACGUAUUUCAUCCAGAAUACCAAAACAACGCUGAAACACCUCAUAGAAGGCCACUGUGGAGCAGUAUUUUGCUUGACGUAAUAUUUCACAUUGCAUACAUUUCUUUAAAAAAAAAAAAAAAUGAAGAAUUUCAGAAAAAAAAAAUGUUUUGUGUUUUUGUUUUUUUUUGUUUGUUUUUUUUUUAAUUCUGUUGGCUGAUGUUAAGGCACUGACAAACCAGAUCAGAGCUUGGAAAAUAACCCUUUGUGAACCUGGAGAACUUUUUUUGUACAUAUAUCACAUUGUGACUCCCAUUAAUUUGUUAUGUCUAAAGGAAAUGAUGCUUCAUUACUUUUUGUCUGAUAAUGUCUGAGCAAUUUAACGUUCUUAAAUAUCUGUGUGCGCCUGGUAAUAGUCAGAAGCAAACUGUGCCGAGUCAGUAUGAAAAGGGCUAACAUUUAAACACAUUGUAAACCUUAUAAUCUUAUAGUUACGUUUCACAUCACAUUUAACUAACCACAAGUAAAAACAAAUGUGCAGAUAAGUGUAAAAUAAAACCUUUACUCGAUUUACCUUAAAGUUUAAAAACACUGUCUAAUAUGUUUUUGAAAGUAUUUUAACCCAUGAAAUACAACAAUGCACUUAAAAGCAAUUUUAUUCUGGUUGUUUAAAAAAUUGUAAUUAAACUCUACCAUAUUUUAGCACUUC